UGGAAAUGUCGUAUGUCGGGACCGUCGUAGACGUUCGAGAGCGAGAAAAGAAGAGACGAGCAGAGCAGAAAGUAAACGACAGUCAACAGGGAAGCAGGCGAGCCGGAAGAAGCAAUAGCGAAGCACAGAACUCGUCGGAACCGAGCCAACAUCGACUGCAGGGGCGGGGAAGACGACGACGACGACGACGAAGGGGCGGAGGAGGAGGAAGAGACACCUGCUCCGUGACUCGCUCUCUCUUCUCUGGACCCCCCUCUCCACACCGCCCCCCUCAUUCCUCUCCUUCGGACCACCACCACCUCCUCCGCCGCCGCCGCCGCCGCUUCCUCGUUAAGAUGGCUGACCCCGGCAGCGACGGAGAGGUGGUGGAGGGCGCGCGCGGCUUCGCUCGCCAGGGUGCCCUCCGCCAGAAGAACGUCCACGAGGUGAAGAACCACAAGUUCAUCGCACGCUUUUUCAAGCAGCCCACCUUCUGCAGCCACUGCACCGACUUCAUCUGGGGCUUCGGCAAGCAGGGAUUCCAGUGCCAAGUCUGCUGUUUUGUGGUCCACAAGCGCUGUCAUGAAUUUGUCACCUUUUCCUGUCCGGGCGCCGACAAGGGGCCGGCCUCCGACGAUCCUCGUAGUAAACAUAAAUUUAAAGUGCACACGUACUCCAGCCCGACCUUCUGUGACCACUGUGGCUCGCUCCUCUACGGCCUGAUACACCAGGGCAUGAAGUGUGACCACUGCAUGAUGAACAUCCACAAGCGCUGUGUGGCCAACGUCCCCAGCCUGUGUGGGACAGAUCACACCGAGAGGAGAGGGCGCAUCCAGAUCUCCGCUCGGAUCAACGACGACACUCUCACCGUCACCAUCAAAGAGGCCAAGAACUUGGUCCCAAUGGAUCCCAACGGCCUGUCAGACCCUUACGUGAAGCUCAAGCUGAUCCCUGACCCCAAGAGUGAGAGCAAGCAGAAGACCAAGACCAUAAAAUGCUGCCUAAACCCCAGCUGGAACGAGACCUUCACUUUUAACCUGAAAGAAAGUGACAAGGACCGGCGUCUGUCUGUGGAGAUCUGGGAUUGGGACUUGACCAGCAGGAAUGACUUCAUGGGUUCUCUGUCCUUCGGGAUCUCGGAGUUGCAGAAACAAGGGAUCGACGGAUGGUUUAAGCUUCUGUCCCAGGAGGAAGGAGAGUAUUUUAAUGUUCCCGUCCAGCCUGAUGGUGAAGAUGGCAAUGAGGAGCUUCGACAAAAGUUUGAAAGGGCAAAAGUGGGUCCAGGGAAGCCGUCAGACUCCUCUUCCUCGUCUUCCAUCAGCAAGUAUGAGAGCAACGGCAACCAGGACCGUAUCAAGCUCUCCGACUUCAACUUCAUUAUGGUUCUGGGAAAGGGCAGCUUUGGCAAGGUGAUGCUGGCUGAGAGGAAAGGUACGGAUGAGAUGUACGCUGUGAAAAUCCUGAAGAAGGACGUGGUGAUCCAGGACGAUGACGUGGAGUGCACCAUGGUGGAGAAAAGGGUCCUCGCGCUUCCUGGGAAACCACCUUUCCUCACACAGCUGCAUUCCUGCUUCCAGACUAUGGACCGACUGUAUUUUGUGAUGGAGUAUAUUAAUGGAGGGGACUUAAUGUACCAGAUCCAACAGGUCGGGAAGUUUAAGGAGCCUCAUGCAGUGUUCUAUGCAGCCGAGAUAGCCACGGGCCUCUUCUUCCUCCACUCCAGAGGGAUUGUGUAUCGAGAUCUGAAGCUGGACAAUGUGAUGCUCGACUCCGAAGGCCACAUAAAGAUCGCCGACUUCGGCAUGUGCAAAGAGAAUAUGUGUGACGGCGUUACCACCAAGACGUUUUGCGGAACACCAGAUUACAUUGCCCCCGAGAUUAUUGCCUACCAGCCUUAUGGGAGGUCUGUUGACUGGUGGGCCUUUGGAGUGCUGCUGUAUGAAAUGCUUGCGGGCCAGCCACCUUUUGACGGGGAGGAUGAAGAUGAGUUGUUCCAGUCGAUAAUGGAGCAUCACGUCUCGUACCCGAAAUCCAUGUCUAAAGAAGCCGUCGCCAUCUGCAAGGGGCUGAUGACCAAGCACCCAGGCAAGCGUCUGGGCUGCGGUCCCGAGGGCGAGAGGGACAUCAAGGAGCACGCCUUCUUCCGCUACAUCGACUGGGAAAAACUGGAGAACAAAGAGGUCCAGCCGCCUUUCAAGCCUAAAUAUUGCGGGCGUGACGCCGAGAACUUUGACCGCUUUUUCACACGCCACCCCCCAGAGCUGACCCCCCCAGAUAAGGACCUUAUAGCCAACUUGGACCAGGAAGAAUUCCACGGCUUCACAUUUGUUAACCCGGAGUACCCUCUUGCUACUCACUGACCCGUUCUGCGCGCGCACACACGUACAACAGUGCAAUAGUGAGAGUGAAGUCACAAUCACAUGCAUAUCCAGGCUGCGUUAUGAAAGGAAAUUUGACAUUUUGGGGGGAAAUGAAGGAAGGUUGCCAAGCUUUCCUUAAAAAAAAAAAAAAAAAAAAAAAAAAGUAUUAACAAUUCCUUUAACACCUAGAUUAGAAAUAAUGGCAAGUGUGAAGAUAUAUCAAAAUGAAUAUAUCGGCUUUACUGGCUCUAUUUCUAACAGUGCAGCUCACUCAUGAAAUGCUGCCACACGUUCAACUAAAAUUUAACUUGCAUAUUCAUGCCCGAUCAGUGCCACUGAUCAGCAUAUUUAUUUCCUCUGGAUGUGACAAACCAACCAAUCACCCGCCUAGGAUUGUUUAAGAGCUGACUGGUGUCCCCUCGGACCAAAUAAUUAUAUUCUCAUGAGUGUAUAGGUAUUGUUUCCCUAACUAGUCAGAGUUUAAAAGUCUCCGUACAAGGGAUGGGUUUCAUAAUGGAUUUAUUGGUCAUUAAGAAAUAUGUCAAUUGAUUUGAAUCGCGUCUUGAAACAAUUGAGGCAAAGUCUGUUGGUCCCAAGAAGGAUGGCAUGACGUCAGCUACAUUCCCGCAGACCUCCGCUACGGCAGCGUUAUUGUGCUCAAUACAAAAUGACAUCGAAACAGGAGGUCAGUGCAUUCCAAAAGUCGAAAAUACCAUUUAUGAUGUAUAUUUUUUUAUGGUUUCGUUGUUAAUUUUUCCCACCGUCAAUCUUAGCCAUAUUCACCAAAAUAUUUGAUGCAGCUGAACGAGAGCCAGUCAAAGAAGCAGUAUGACAUAUUCGGACUGUCAGAGAGGUAAUAAUUGAACAAUUAUAGUCUGCACUGCAUCGGGUGGCAUUAUCGACUUAGUAUGGUACAGACAAAAUAUUGGAUGCAACUCUUGUAUUAGAUUUCGUUCGGCUGCUAAAGUGCCAACUGAAAAUCACCGAAGUGCGGUCAAGUAAUGCCCCCCCCCCCAAAAAAAAACAUUACCAGUGUGUGCCAAUUUACAGUUGCAGUCGUCCAUUUUAGAAUGCGCAUUAGAACAAAUGACACAAAAACCUCAGAGAAGUCUUGUUCGAGACCUUGUGACGAGAUGUGCGUUGAACAAUGUGUCAAAUCCACUUACCUGCGACCUCUUGGUCACGUGACGGCCUUCGUCGUCGCGCCAAUGAAGACGGUUGCGCACUUAACACAUUGACGGUGAUAACUUAUGGACAACAGAAAAAAGACUAUAUGAAAUGUAAUUGUGCUUGAAAGAAAGCAGCUUCGAUGAAUUGUAUUAUUGUUCUGUAUGACUGGAAAGUUAUAAUAUACUCACUGGUGCCUACCAGGAAA